AUGAGCUUGUCAGAAACGAACAUAAGAAAAUUUAACCAGCUGCAAGAUAUCUGCAUUGAAAGAUUUGUAACUCGGGAACAAAAGAUACUAACGACAUUAAACUUUUGUAUAACUGCUCUCGAAAAGUUGGAGGGUUGGGCGGUGUUUGCCAUUUUCCCAACAGACGAACUUGAUGGCGAGAAAUAUUUACUAUUUGUUGAAGAAAGGUUUUCAUGUGUAUCAGCCCAAUUAAACAAUUUCAAAAAUAUUAUCAACGUAAAACCAGAUGGACUCAAAAAUAAAAAACAAAAUGAGAAGAACGCCAACAGCGAGAGCAAAGAAGCCAACAAAGGAGUUACCAUGUUGCCAUUGAAGGAAAAGGUCUCAGAAAUAUCGCAACGUUACCUGCGCGAUGGAUACCAACUGAAAUCUGCCAUCAUCGAAAAACUGCAGCAGUGUCGACAGCAGCUGAACACUUUGUUUCACUGGUGUUUCGCUACUUUGCGUGACCUAGACAUAAUUUUAGACGAACCAAUGAUUGAUGAAUUGUUCUUUUUGGUUAAAAGUAAGGCUUCGAGGAUAUCAUCGACGAUUCAGGUGUAUGAAGAGGCCGCCAAUGAAAUUAAAAUGAAUAUGUCAGAACCUGCUCAAACAAGUUCCCGAUCACGAAGUUCGCUAGAGCAUUCUAAAACAUUUGGAAGCAGUAGCAAGCUUGACAACAGAAGUUCCUCAACAGAUAUAGAUUUAACCAAAAGUUAUCCAGUCAACAUGUUGAAAACUAAAACAAAAUUAUCUUCAAUUAAGAAACAGCCUAGCUCUGUUUCACCGAGUUCGUUAACGUUGAUGAAUUCGAGCGAUUCUUCGACGUUAUCGAAUUGUGAAAUUUAUAAUUUUGGUUCUGAAGGCGAUGGCUCAAAAUUUUCAAGCAGUGGAAGCACGCCUGAACCACCUUUCUCACCCAGACCAGAAAAUUUAAUUAAUCAUCCAAAAAUCAACAAAGACCAACAGUUGAAAAGUAAUUUUAAAAAUGACAGUUGUGGGCAGCUAAAUAAUUUGUAA